UUGUUAUUGUAACAUAUUUUGUUACUAUAUGAGAUUUUGCCCAAUAAAAUGGAUGGCUCUAAUAAUAAACGUAGUAAAGCUUAUGGUAGAGUAAUGCCACGAGUGUAUAAUGUCCUCGGACACCAGUCGCGUCCAAAUUUAAAGACGAAUUCGAAUGUUACGCGCCACGAAAACUCAUCAUCUUUGCUUAAUGGCGCGAAACCAAGUUCUUCAAAUUUUUUUUCGGGUUCUUAUAGGGAAUUGCCUUUCGUACUACAGGAUUAUGAACCUGAGACGCCUCCUAAUAAACCUCGCAGGUUAAAAUAUGUCGCGAAACCAAAAAAAACAUUAAAAUCAUUAGAUACAGCUAAAUCACCUAUCAUGAAUAAAAAGUUACGCCAGAUUAGUGAUAAAGUGCCUUGCAUAAGUGUUCGGAACUCAGCUCCAUGUGUAACACAACCUGACCAGGUCAGCUGGUCAGAUUAUCACGUUCGUCAGUGUUAUUCCAGCAGGUCACAUACAAGACUAAAAGAUAUCAAGGAUGAAAUAGAAGCAUUUCAAAAAGGUCAGAAGUUAAAGCAGUUUCGCAGCAACCUCUACAAGAAAUGUGGUGUUGUUUUAGAUGAUGCGGGUGCGGUGGCUGAAGACAAGGCUGUCCAGGUCGAAGAGCCGGAUAAUACAUUAGGAGAUAUAAGGUAUGGGGAUCUUAUUAUUAACUAUGAAUUGUAA